AUGUGGGACAUGUCACUCGAUAGCUCACCUAACGCCUCCAAUCUUAACAGUGCAGAAGCUUGUUGUCCGUCCAUUCGAAGUCAUGCAUGUCAUGUUGAAUUAGUGAGACAUUAUUGCAAGGGAAGACUAUGGAAAGAAGAUGCCGUGUGGAGACUUGCAAGUGUUAGAAGACUUUUGUACAAAGAAAACCUCGAAACGUUGACGUUUUCGCGUCUCGAUCAAUUCGUUCCUCCCAUCUAUCUCCCUUUGAUUUUCUUUUACCCUUAUGAAGAUGACUCCAAUGGCAAUAACCAUCUUGUAGUAGCUAAAGAGAGAUCUUUGCUUCUUAAGGCAUCUUUGUCCAAUGUUCUAACUAGGUAUCAUCCUUUCGCGGGAAGAAUCAAAGACCACAUCUCUGUCGAAUGCAACGGCGAGGGGGUUUUGUUCGUUGAAGCUCGAGUCAAUUGUAAUUUGCUUGAUGUUUUACAACAUCCGGAUACUGAACAACUCGAGAAGUUCAUACCUAGCGAGCCCCAGUUGGAAAACGUAGCAACAGGUAAUUUGAUUCUUGUACAAGUGAACUUCUUCCAAUGUGGUGGCAUGGCAAUUUGUGUGUGCUUCUCACACAAGCUUGGCGAUGCGACUACCAUCGCCACAUUCAUCAAGGAUUGGGCAUCCAUGACAGUCGAUAACGGUGGUGGUGAGGUACUAGUUCAUCCAGAAUUCAUUGCUGCAUCUCUUUUUCCUCCUGUAGACGAAAUGUUUCCUCCCAAUAAUCAAGUUCCCCAACGCAACUCAGUGCGUAAAAGAUUAGUUUUCAAUGAAUCAAACAUUGCUGCGCUCAAAGCUUUAGCUUCCAGUGCAACCAAUGAACAACCUACGCGCGUAGAAGCUGUAACUGCACUAAUUUGGAAUUGCGCAAUGAGAACAUCAAGAUCAAUCCUAGGGCCGUCGAGACCAUCUUUAUGCCUCCACGCAGUGAAUUUAAGAAAAAGAUAUUCACCACCUUUGUCGGAGCAUGCCAUUGGCAAUCUCGUAGGAAUAAUUGUUGCAGAAAUUGGAGAAACUAACGAGAUAGGAUUGCAGAACUUGGCUAGUCAACUAAGGAGAGAAAAACAGGAGUUUAAAGUAACUGGGGACGCUGAAAAGAUGUUUAUGGUUGAAAUCGUGGCAAGGUUCGGACAAACGAAAGAUGUAGACAUCUUCAGUUUCAGCAGUUGGUGUAGGAUGCCAUUGUAUGAAGGUGAUUUUGGGUGGGGGAAGCCAAUAUGGGUUGCACCAAUCCAAACAAUUGUCCCACAUGUUGUGGUGUUGCUGGAUACAAGAGAUGGUGAUGGAAUUGAGGCUUGGGUUUACUUGGCUCAAGAAGAGAUGGCCAUAUUUGAAUGUGACCAAGAAUUGCUUUCUUUUGCGUCUAUGAACCCUAGUGUUCUCUCCAAUUAGUGAACCCUUCCUAAUACAAAUCAAGUCUUGGUAAUAAACACCCGAUUGCAUAUUUUUCUUGUUCUUUUGAAUUGUAAGUGAGCACGGUGUACGGUCAACACUUGACCAUAAGAGCUUCUUUUUUAAAUAUUUAAUUUGUAUAUUUAACAAUUAAA